AGAAGAAGGAGGAGAAGGAGGAAGGAGGAAGUAGCUGUAACCCGAGGCGGAGUAAUCCGGAGCUCUACAGGACACGGAUGCUAAACUUGAUGACGUGGUGCCGGGACGACGAUGGCCGACCAGAGCAGGCAAAUAAAACUCGCUGCAGCAAAGAAAAAGCUGAAAGAGUUUCAGCAGAAGAGUACACUGUCCCCAGUCAGCACUGGACCGAAGAAGAAGAGGAAGGUGAAAGGAGGGGGUCAGGCAGAAACUCAGUCCACCGACAGACACUCGCCAGAACACAUUGAGAAUAUUCUCAAAGUUAUGGUGUCUGAUCUUAGUCUGACUAAUGGAGUAGCUCUUCCUCCUUUGGUCAACAGCAAGGACCAUGGCGAAUUGGGGGCUCGAGAGUCCCCGAUUUCUCAGAUGCAGGAGGAUGCAGGAGAACCCGGUCGCUGCUCUCCUGUUUCUAACCUCCCUGCUGCUACUAACACGGAGUGUGUCACUGACGGCGCUGACCUGCAGCAGAACUGCGACCUGGAUGCCAACGGUGAUGAACACUCUCUGGAGGAAAACAGGCCGCUGUCAUCCACAGAGAGUCUGAGGCAGCUCUCUCAGCAGCUCAACGGCCUUCUCGCUGAGUCACCAUCAUCCUAUGUCAAUGGUGAGACUGGACCAUCGCCUGUCAGUGAAAAAGAACUGGAGACUCGAAACCAGGAGCUGGCAGCCGCUCUGGACUCCAGCACUCUAAAAAACUCCCAGCUCACUGCAAAGAUAGAGACACUGACGAAGCAGUCUCAGGAGCUGUCUGAGCAGAUUCAGAAGGAGAGGAAGGAUUUCGAGCAGAAGUUUGCCAAGGAACAAGGGGCUAUGCGUGAACAACUGCAGGUUCACAUCCAGACCAUCGGCAUUCUGGUGUCUGAGAAGUCUGAACUGCAGACCGCCUUGUCUUUUACACAGCAAGCAGCACGCCAGAAGACAGGAGAGGCAGAGGAACUGAAUAAUCGGCUGCACGCCAGCAAGCAGAGGGUGUCUGAGCUAGAGCGCACUUUAUCCACAGUGUCUACACAGCAGAAACAGUUUGAGAAGCAUAAUAAAGAAUUGGAGAAGGACAGGGACAGUCUGCGCCUGGAAAUCUUCAGAUUAAAUAAUGUGAAUGAGGAGAUGAAGCAGCAGAGCUCCGAGCUGGCAGAACAGCUGAAGUUAAAAGUGAGCGAGAACAGCGCUCUGGGUCUUGAGCUGGAUGAACUGCGCAAGCGUCUGGAAAUGGCAGACGUUAUGCUGCAGCAGUUCUCCAAUCAGUCAGGCGCUCCGUCCGAGCACCAACAGGUGCAGCUCCUCCUGGAAGAGAAGCAUCAGCUUGAGGUUCACACAGCCCAGCUCAUGGAGUCAGUAGCACAGCUACAGAGAGAGCGAGACCAGUACGCGGAACAGAUUCAGGAAGAGGGCCGAGUCUGGAAGGACAAAACCGAGCAGCUUCUCACUCAGGUGACUCUGAUGUCAGAAGAGAGGGACAGUCACGCUGCUCAGAUCCAGGAGCUACAGGAACAGAUUACGGAGCUGAAAAAGGCAGCAGAUUUACUGUCUCAGGAGCAGGAGAGCCAGGCCACGUCUCAGUCCACAGGGCCCUCGGAGAAGGAGCUGGCCCUAGAGGAGAGCAUCUACACCCUGCAGCAGGAGAGAGAUGCUCUCAGUCUGCAGUACCAAGCACAGGUUCGGGAUAACGAGCAGCUGAGCCGGUUGGUGCAGGAGCAGGAGACGCGGCUGGAGGAGCUGGAGAUGCAGGCGCAGCGUGCGGCCGAGGAGGCUCAUGACAAACUGCGCAUCCUGGAGGACGUUCAGAGUGACAAAGCCACCAUCAGCCGAGCCCUCGCUCAGAACCGGGAGCUCAAAGACCAGCUGGCCGAGCUGCAGAACGGCUUUGUCAAGCUAACCAAUGAGAAUAUGGAGCUCACUAGCGCUCUGCAGUCAGAGCAGCAUGUGAAAAAGGAGAUCGCUCGCAAGAUGGGCCAGCUGCAGGAGGAUCUCCAUAAUGCCAAAGAGCAGAUGAUGGAGCGGAUACAGGAGUGUUCGUCCCUCCAGGAGCAGAGGGAUCAGUACCUGGCCCACCUGCAGCAGUACUCCACUGGAUUCCAGCAGCUGGUCUCUGAACGGGAGCAGCUUCAUAAGCAGUUCCUGCACCAGGUACAGCUGAUGGACCGACUGCAGCACGAUGAAGUGCAGGGCAAAGUGCAGCUGGAGCAGAGCCAAUUACAGCUGCAGCAGGCCCAGGAGAGACUUGACCAGCUGGCCAAGGAUAAUGAACAGCUUAAAACAGAGGUUCAGGAGCUACUGAACAGCUCUUCUUUAAAUACAUCACUCAGGGACCAGGGUGACGGAGUGGAAAGCUAUACCCCAUCAGAAACCUUCCAAAAAUCAUCCAUAGCCAUCCCAGAGGACUUUGAGAGCAGAGAGGAAAUGGAGGAGUUUCUGCACUCUGCUCUGUCUCAUCUGGAGGGAGAGAGGGAUGAAAUUAUGCGCAGGUUAGAAGAAGAGAGGAGGCUACACCAGGCUGCACUGCACCAAGUGGCCACUAUGAGUCAUGAGCAUCAUCACCACAGCACAUGUUCUGAAACAGGGAGUACAGAUAGCGUUCCCGUGGAGGUGCACGAGGGACUUCGGGGCGCCAUGGAGAAGCUCCAGGAGAGAUUCACUGGCUUGAUGCAGGAGAAGGCAGACUUGAAGGAGAGAGUGGAGGAGCUGGAGCAUCGCUGCAUUCAGCUCUCUGGAGAAACUGAUACGAUCGGUGAAUACAUUGCGCUGUAUCAAAACCAGAGAGCAAUUAUGAAGCAGAGGCACCUUGAGAAGGAGGAGUACAUUAGCAGACUUGCUAGAGACAAAGAGGAGAUGAAGACGAAGUUGGCGGAGCUGCAGGAUCUGGUGAUGCGUCUGGUCGGGGAGAGGAACGAGUGGUACACCCGCUACAUGAGUGCCAUCAAUAAUCCCGGCUUUAUGCCUGCCGGAGAAGACGCUGUCCCGCCUGCAGGGACACAUCUGGAGCUGGAUGCUGUGGAUGGCCCAGUAUCUAUGGACAUGAGCACAGCUGUCGCUGUGGCUCCAGACGGACAGACAAUGACAGACGAAGGCCCACAGAACAGAUUUGACCCCCCUGCCGGAUCUUCGCUGAGGCCCAGAGAGGACGGAACGGCUCGGCAGAUCAUGCAGCUUCUCCAGGAGAUGCAGAACCCUGAAACCCAGCCUCCUCCGUUCCUGGGAGAGAACCCUUGCAUCCCGUUCUUCUACAGGCCCGACGAGAAUGAUGAAGUCAAGAUCAUGGUGGUCUGAAGGCCUCUCCUUACCUUUGUCUCUCUGGCUGGAAUGAAGACCUCCCACUUUUCCGCUCUCUCACCUUUUUGCACAAAUAAGAGCCAAUGUUAUGACUCGCAUGAUGUAACUGGAGUUUAACUUUAAGAGUGUGUGGGCAUUCAGUGUUUUCAUUUACACUCGUUUCUGAGGUUCUGGUGGUGGGUGUGAAGGCGUCUUUAUCUCGAGCUGUUUCAGUUUCUUUAACUGUAGUUAGCGUAAGGGUUUAUUCAUUAAUAAUACAAAAAGCAUAUUUUAAAUAAGAAUAUAUCUAACGUGAGGUACUGCGGUUGACAUUGCUCUAUCUGCUAUGUGCUUUUAAUGGGUUCCUCCCUUAUAUUUUUAUCCUCUGAACAUUAGGUGCAAUAGAAAGAUGUCUGAUCUGUUCCUACACUGCAAGUAAAUGCAAAUCCUAAGGUUGGGAAAGUAAAAUGAUCACUUUUCCUGUAGUGUCUAAUAGACGCAAUUAAUCUGCCAGCCUGCUGUUUGUCCUUUCCCCAUCCACACUCUUUUUUUUAGUUUAUCUGACGUUAAAUUUGCUCCUAAGCAACUAACUAUGCAUAAAUUUUUGCUUAUCUGGAGGAUUCAAAUGGAUAUCGAAACGUCCAGGUCUCCAUGUUGACUUGAACAAUUUUAGCGAUUUCACGCCAGCUACUCCAUCACUCUUGUCACAUGGAGACAUACAAACACAGGUACAAACUCGGUGAAGCUACUCUUAAAAACUUCUCGGUGUAGUUAUUGUUCGGUCAGGCAUCUUGUGUGUACAAACAUGUAGUUAAAAUCAACCUAAAGAAAGGGAGGUAUUAUAUAAAAUGUUGAAAUAAUGAUGUUCGGUUAGUGUUAAAACUGAAAUAUUCAGUUAAUGUUACAGUAUGUGAAAGAGUCUUGGAUUUAAAGGGUCCAGCAAGUUGUAAGGAAGAACUAGAUUGCAAAUAGUAAAUACUUGCGCUGCACAAUAAUGACAAAAAUAUAAAUAAUCACAUUUAUUAAGCUCAAUAUUGAAAUUACAGCAAGGAUGGGGAUCAUAACAUCAAUAUGGCGCUAGUUUCAAAGCCGAGUCCUCACAAAAACUAUAGCUGAAAGAACAAAUUAAUUAAUAAAAUAAUUGCUCAUACAAGUUACUGAAAAGCAUUAAUUUCUCUUUUGCACCCCCACGCCCGAAGAGCUCAUUUGGAUGUAUAUAAUCCUUACUGGAGUGUGUUUCCAUUCCAAAUCCCACACACACAAAGUGUGUAGAAUUGCUCUAGAUGUAGAGAAAUGGCUGCUUUUUUUAUAUGUAUGCGAGAAUGACGUGCAGUGUUUGUGUUCAGUGGUGGUGAACUCUAUGAUGCCAGCCGCGUUCCGAUUGGCUGAGAGUUUCAAAGCUUCAAAGGAAGUGGAGAAAAUGGUUGUAAAAGUUGUGUGUAUAUAUACGUACUAAAAGUUGAAGCCUUUGUAACGUUUGUAGUUGUGCAGAGAGGUUUACAGAAAGUCGAGCACAGACUCGGAUUUGGUUUGAGAUGAGUGAUGUCCACCACGCUGAUGCACAAAAACUCAGAAAAGUAAAGUUGUAAUUGUUUAAGUAACAAGAACUGGAAGUGCGUUGAACGUGUGAAAGGCUUGAGACCGACUCCUUAUGCUACACCCAAGCACUUUUAUCUUGUUUGCCCCUGGUAUGUGUGUGUGUGUCAGAAGUGAAUGUAUGAAGUGGACAAGUUUCUAUCAGGGGUCUCCAUUUCUUUUUUCAUUUUCAUUUGUCUAGGAAGUGCACUUUUCUUCCUGCACUUUUCUUCCUGCACCCCCCAACCUUUCUGAUCUUUUCCGAUGAAGAAUGAGAGGGUUAUUGCGCUUGUAACACACGUGUAAAUAGUGUAACUGUGUAACAUACUGUAUAUUUAAACAGGUGUGUGGGAAAAGCAUAUGAAUUUGAAUGGCUACUACUAGUACCUGCCUACUGUAGAAAAAAAAAAAAAUAGAUAAUUGAAGAAAAUGGAAGUGGGCAGGGUGAAGUGGGUGUGAGGUGUCUGUGAUUUAAUAUGAUUUAAAGGUAAAUGGAAAUAAUAUUUAUUUGGAACAUGUACUUACACUAAACUGUUUUAAUUCAACACUGUUGGAACACAAUGAAGGAGUAAUACAAAAAUAAGAGUUGAUUGAGAUUUUUUUCUUCCUAUAAGUUUUUUUUUUUUUUUUUUUUUUUGGUUCCUCCUAAAUAAA